GGCCGUCUAACCUGCUCUUCUCGGCAAAACACGGGCCUCAUUGCUUUGAUCGUGCAUUAUCUGCGCCCCGCGCUCUUUCCAGGCGCCCUCAACCCCUCGUCGCGCACGAGCAGUUCCUCCGCUGUUGUUUGUGGCAAGCUCUUUCGCCGUGUCAUACUCCACUAGACCACCACCGCACCACGCCCAGAGCUCGCGACCAGCAGCAGCAGCACCCUCCGCGAGGAACUGAGAGCUGCCCAUCACCGACCAGGCCCAACGAAGCUCUCUCGAUCCGCACAGCUCGACGAGGGACGCCGGCCCAGCUGAGACUGCAUUCCUCAUCUGGCGAGCUCUCAAGCUUUGCCCGCCCUCUGCACGCAAGCACCGGGACAAGCAAGGCAGCGAGUGCUGUGCUGUGCUGCGUGUGCUCGAGCUCGACUGCUGCUCCCACUGCCGCCCGCCGCCAAACGACCCACGCACGUUACGCCGUACCCAUAGCUCGCCAGCAAGCUCCGAGCACCGCCCACCACGCAGCCCUCGGUCCAGUCAUUGCGCCGCAACCAGGCCCCGUCACUGCGAUCCAGCGGAACCCGUAGCUACACACAGCUUCGACAGCAACAGCUCGCAAACAGCUCUCAGCUCUGCUUGCUGUGCUUGCCGCCGCCGCUGCGACCAGCCAGAGCCAGGGUGCCCGCAUUGCAAUGCCUCCACGAACCCAUCUCACCUCGCAGUUUGCCGUCUCAGGCACCGAGAAUGAGGUCGUGUGUCCGCUGCGCAACCAGGACUCGUCCGCCUGUCGGAAGCGAUGUCUCGGCGAAAAGAAGUACCGCUCCAUGCAAGAGCACAUCCGCCGUGCCCACCCCGAAUACUACAUCCCCAAGCUGCCGGCGACGAAGGAGAGUUUCGAGUUGAUGAUCACCUCGCCGCCGCAUGAGCGCCCCGCCAUCGACCCCAAUCACGCCAACCACCACCACAGCCACAGUCACUCCUCCCACAGCAACAACAAUCAUAUCCCGCAGCACUCUGAUCCGUCAGGUCUGUCACCCGCCUUCCACUUUGACACGCGGCUAGGCUCAGGCUCAUCCUUGGAAGGCUACCAUACCCUCGGCCAGCAUGAUGGAGGCUACUACACGGCCGACGAUCCACAUGCCCUUGCCUUGUACAAUGGUAUGCAAGCCGAGCAGCGCUCCUCGGGCGAGUACCGUCGGGGCUCCCUGAUACCCACCAUCUCUGCUGCCAAUGCCCUGGCGCAGUUGCACUAUCACCGAUCCGACUCGGAAUCGGGCUGGGGAGAGAACAACAUGCAGGUGAAUUUCCCUGUCCUUGCUGACUCGCCUGUUACUGAAGCGGACUGUCUUCAGAAUUACUUCCAUGACCAGGGUCAUGACUACAAGAAUAAUCAGCUGCAUGUGGAUCCUGCGCUGCAAGAUUCUGCCUUCAUGCAUGAUCAGGCGUACAAUGUUGGUGCGGACCAAGACCAGCAAGGCCUUCUGCCAAGCAAUCUCGCCCGCUCGCCACCAGAUCGGACGACGACACUGCCGCCGCUGCAGCGUAGUCUGUCUCGGUCCGGUCAAAUGGGCAGACCGCGAAAAUCCAGCCUUACCAGCGCCCGCAUCAGUAAGCAUGAGCGAAAGAGGUCAAAGGAGCUGGGCCAACUCCAUCCUGGCCGACGCUGGGAAGACUUGAUUGAGGCUGCAGCUUCAGCAACAGAAGAGGAGGGAUCACGGGACCUCACUCCGAUUCCUGCAUCGCCGUACCAGUCUCCUCAGGGCAACUCUCGCACAUCACUGCCGCCCUUUGCACUCGGAUCGCAGUUCCAAUCGUUCCAAGCUUCACCAUUGAAUAGAGCAUUGACGCCGCCGCCGGCGGAUCACACCGGACUGGAUCUCCAGACAUUUCCUUCCGUGGACAGCAGCCUUAGUAGCAAUCUCAGCCAUGCACACCACAACAGCGCCGACUCCGGAUCGCAGUUCCAUAUCAUGAACCCGUCGUCUAUCGAUUCAACGUCCUCGCCUAUGUUCAACGCGAAUAAGACUGAGGGUGUGACUCAUGCCAGCUACUGUGCUGGUUGCCGUCGACCGGCCAAUAUCAACGACAUGUUCGGCUGCUCGGGUUGUAUGGGUCCACUGUGCGGAGCCUGUACCGAUGCACUCGUGAGUAGCCAGAGUCAGGGCCGUCCCGUCAAGUGCCCACGCUGCCACGCUUCGGACACCAGUUUUAAACCGUUCCAAUUCGAGUUCGCGUAGCAGCCAGAGCUCCCCUUACCCACUGAUUUAACAUUCAUGGGUGAGGCGCGAGCUGCGAGGAAACGAUUGGAUAGACGGAUCUAUCCCACCAAAGGGAAGCUGGGAAAACGUGUCAGCAUCAGCGCGCUUCCCAAGCUGUCAACACACACUCCGGUGGCGCUGAAAGGACUUCCCACACCACUGACAAGGCCAGUCUCUUCAACUUUUGGCCAUGGGCCCGGCGAGCCGUUCAAUAUCGCUGCACAUCAAGAAAGACUUGAUUCUACAUUCAAACUUGACGAUGAGCCGGCUCUAGACUGCGAUCCUGGUGCAGACAUGUUUCUGCCCGACGAACCGGUCUUUAUGGAGCCGGCAGAACUUGAGAAAUGCCUAGACGAGCACGAAGUGCUCAAUUCUAUAGAAGACGACGACCUGGAUAUUACUACGAUGAUCAAAUCCGAUGGGUAUGAAGCUGGAUAACACGCAACGGAAGCUGCGGGCCAAAGGACAUUCUACGGCAUCAAUGACAGACAUUUGCCACCCAAGCGCAAUCUGGCACAUUGAUGCCCUCGACCAGAGACGUUCCGCGCUCACGAAAUCCAGGCUUAGAUGCAGGAACAUGCAAGCGCAAAGUGCACUUCGCUUCUAGGAACUCACUAUUAGAUGAAAAGAAAAGCCGCGAGGCUGACAGUCGUUAUUGACUCAUGACGACACGACACGAAUAUGACAUGACAAAAAGAAAACGAGCAAAAGAGACGAUCUUUCAGGAUCAUCAGGCGGCAAAGAUCUGCUUUUGAAAUCGCAUCGCAAGGCGCUGGUGGAGUUGAUUUUGGCACUCCUACACGCAUUCACAACCCGCCCUCCCUUGAUUUGACUCCAAUUCACCGCAAAAUGAAAAAGUUCUCACUCGACGCUGGCGCUGGUUGGGGACCUUUGAUACGCUUCUUGAAAUUUGUAGAUGGCUCGUGACCCUCCCUCCCCUUUUCCCCUGCUGUUGGUGAUUUUCGCACGCCGCUUUUUUCUGUCACUGCCUAUGGGGGAAGGAAAUUAUGUCCCGCAGAAGUGGACAUUGGGGCUGAUGUAGAUAGAUAGAGGAAGGGAGAUGGGAUCUUGGCCCCAUGAGAAGAGGGCAAACGAAGGAAGAUAGCAUCGGAGACGGGGGCUAUGCAGGGCAGUGAAGGAGAAGCGAGGCAGUGAGGAAGGUGGUAGAAUCUGCAUGGAAUACGAUAUGACGAAAACGUG